AGACAAUGAUCAGCCACUUGAGCACGGGCGGGAAGCACAAUGUUGUGGCUGUGACCAGGGGCAGGGCACCUGAAAGAAAUGAGAGAGAGAGAGAGCCGAGGAGGUGAUAGUGGUCGGCGAGAGGUGAACACACGGCGACUGGCCAUUGAUAAGGCGGCUCGGCUCAGUCGCAAAUCAAAACUCAAACACGAUGGAGGGUCCGCCAGCUUCCGCUUGCCUAAUCUUUGCCGCCUUGGCACUCGGUUUAAUUGUCACCACCGGGGCCGUUCAGGGUGGAGUGUUCAAGGAGCUAACGACACCUUUGGGUCACCAGAUCAUGCGGCUGGCCAAGUCCGCAGAGAUGCGAUCCUUCAUCGACGCCAGUGUUGAUCCCUGCGAUGAUUUCUAUGGCUAUGCCUGUGGCAACUAUGUGAGCAUCAACGCGGCCACCCCGGAUAAGGACACCAAUAUCGGUCAGGUCAUGUUCGCCAGUUAUCUGCGUCGCGCUAGGCAGAUCCUCAAUCAGCCCCGAAUGAGCUCGGAUCGACCCAUGGAGACGCGAGUCAAGUAUUUCUAUGAAUCCUGCCUGGAUACCUCCUCCUUGAGGACAAACCAGCGCUCUCAACUACUCAACGUACUAAGGGAGUUCGGCGGCAUGCCAGCUGUGGAAGGCUCCUCCUGGGAUGAGUUCCAGUUCGAUCCCAUCGAGACAAUGGCUCAGCUUCUGCGUCGCUAUGGAAAAUUAACUCUCCUGGGAGUCUAUGUGGCUCCGGACUUCACCAACUCGCAGAUAAACCGCCUGUAUCUGGGUCAGAGGGAUGAUCUGGCGGUGCGGGAUGAGGCCACCAGUUUGGCCAAGAAGGUGGAGCUAAAGAUGAGAUUGCAGGACCAGCUGGGAUUGUCGGAGCAGCUGGCCAGGAAAACUGCCAUUGAGAUCAUAGACCUGGAGGCGGAACUUAGCCGCAGUGUCCUUGAUCGUGGCAUGGACCGAGAUCCAAGACUUAGGAGUCGACUGACAAUGCUCAGUAACAUGACGGAAGCCUACGGUUCGGCAUUGAAUCUUACGCGAUUUGUGAAAUCCUGGCUGGGCCAUGACUACAUCCUGCCCGUUUACGAGAAUGUGCCCGGCUAUCUGUUCCAGCUAAAGAAGACCCUGCUGACUACGUCCAACCGGGUGCUGGCCAACUAUAUGCUUUCCAGCCUUCUCCGGGACUUUGAAAUACAGGCGGAUGAGCGGAAGCAGGAGGAGAUCUGCGCCGAAAGGAUCACAAUGCUUUUUCCCGAUGUCAUAGACCACCUGGUGUACUACUCCCUGGAACAGCAGAGUCCCCACCUGCCCACCGAUUUGAAGCUCCUGUGGAUCGAUCUGAAAGCCGCCUUCGAGGAGAUGUUGAGUUCCGCGGAGCUGGAAUGGCUGGACGAGAAGACCCGUGGAGAUGUAGUGGAAAAACUAAGGGGUAUGAGCUUUGAGGUAGCCGGCGAGAAGCCUGUUAACUUUGAGGAGCAAUACGGUCGCAUGGUGGUCAGCUCUGCCGAUUACUAUGGCAACGUGCGACGCCUGCUGGCCGUCCAGGCGAGCAACCUUCGAACGGAUCUGAUGCGGGACACCAGGAGCGAGAACUAUUACGAUGGCGUGAUUGAGUCACCCUUCUACCUGACGGAGUCUAAUCUGGUGGUGCUGCCGGCCAGUUAUAUGCAGCACCGCUACUUCUGGGAUGAUGUCUACCCGGUGGCUCUAAAAUAUGGCACCCUGGGCUUCAUCCUGAGUCACGAAAUGGCCCACGGCUUUGAUGACCUCAGCCGUCUCUUUGACAGCAAGGGGAACUUGAAUGAUACGUGGAGCAACCAAGCCAAAGUUGGGUUCAACCUGAUAAAGGAAUGCCUGGUGGAGCAGUUCAGUGAGUUGCGAUACAGCAAUCUGCGAUUGCCCAAGCUGGAGGCACAGGGCGAGAACAUCGCCGACAAUGUGGGUGUACGCAUCUCCCAGGCGGCAUACCGGAAGUGGCUGGAGGAAGCCAAGACCCUGGACUCGGAGACUCUGCCCCACAUGUCCCAGACGCCGGAGCAACUCUUCUACCUCGGUGUGGCGCAGUCGAUGUGCUCCGGUAUUCUGAUCGACCGGCGUCCGGCCUUCCUUCGAAACAGUGUCCAUCCGCCGAAUGAGUCGCGGGUUUUCGCCAUGAUGUCCAACAGUCGAUCCUUUGCCGAGGCCUUUCAGUGUGGCAAUCAAACCAAGAUGAAUCCCCCACACAGAUGUCUCAUGUAUUGAGGUUUCCCUGCCGUCUGGCAGAUGGAGCGAUAGCGCUCUCAAGUUGAUACGAGUUCGGUUUAAAUACAAAAAUAGUUCCGCUUCCG